CCUUGGAACCCCUCGGAGCUACUUCAAAAGCUGAUUGUUCAGUCUCUCCUAUGUCCUAGGGUUGGACUUGUCGCAACGAAACUCCGCAGUGGAUAGCGCAAGCGUUGACGGGGAGCCGAUGUUGAGGACGGGUGACGUAUGGGGCCUAGAAUUGACGUGGGAGAGCAGGUCGGGUAGGGCGAUAGCAGAGGGCCAGAUGAUGAGGGUAGAUGGAGGUUGGAGUGCAGAUGGCGAUGAAAGAGUGUGGUGUCUGCGCUGGGAGAAGGCGGUCCCUGGCGGGGAAAGGCCCUUUGGACCGGUCGUUUCAAGCACCCCUUUCUGUCGGAGAGGGUUUAAUGAGCCAGCCUGAACGGGGGCGGUUCAGGAAGGGCAAGUCAAUCAGCCAGGGUCGAAAUCACGGGCAGCAACAGGGGUGGGAGAGAGCAGCAGGAGGGCGUAGUUCUAUUAUGGCCUUGGAAAGAGCAAGGCCAGAUGGGAUACCUUCUGAAAAGAGCGAGAGAAUGAAAAGAGGGAAGAUAAACAAGAAUGCACUGCUGAACGAUGGCAGUGCCGAAAAGAGCGACUAGGUUGAGGCAGAGGGAAAGAGGGUCAAGGAAGGGGAAGCGACAGAACGAUUGACAGACUCCUUCCUGGGAAGACACAGGCAGGGUGACUGCGCAGAGGAGG